AUGAAUUUACCUCAUAAUAGAAGGAAUGAGAAUACCAGUGAAACAGCUACCACCAAUAAUAAUCAAGAUAAUACAAGGAAUGAGAAUACCAGUGAAACAGUCACCACUGGUAAUAAUCAAGAUAAUGGAAACAAUGUAAAUAAUGUUAAUGAUGUGAGUGAGAAUUCAGGUCAUAACGUGAAUGAUGUAGAUGAAAAUUUAGAUAAUGUUAGAUACUUAUCUUCAUCUGAUCAGCCACCUUCUUAUAUGGAAUCUAUAAAUGAAGAAAGGAAUCCGUGA